AUGUUGGAUUCUCUCGUCUACCGUAUACCAUUUACAUCUGCUGUCACUUUCUAUGCGUCCACUAUGAAACCAGAUAGUUUUAUAAGGUAUUUGGUUGCGGCGCUUUAUGGAUUUGAGUAUAUUUCUCAGUUGUAUACGGUCAUGUUUUGUUUUGUAAGGGUGCUGGUGUUGUUUCAUCCAAAGAGGCAUUUGAAGAUAUCCCGUUAUCUCUAUAUCUUCUGGUCUAUCACCUCUCUCCUCAUCAGCCUUAUUGGUUGCUCCCCUCAUAUCAUGACUAAUGCGAUGGCUAUGCAGUUGGAUUACCCAUUUCAAUAUGGUUCAAUUAUUCUCACUACAAUGGUUGGAUACGCUAGUCACGCUCAAGUGAUCGGUGGGUACACAUUUGCUAUAUUCGUCACUGCUUGUAUUGUUCUGACUACAUUAGCAAUGUUACUGAAAAUGAAGAGUUUGAAGUUGAUGUGA